ACGCAUGGAAUGUUUAUAUAAUGUAUAAACGACCAGAAUACUUUACAGGGUUCAGAUCCUAAUUAACAUUUACAAAAGUGAUGAUUUAUUCACCUGUGUAAGGCGUUACGCCGAUCGUUUAUUUGGUUCAGGACUUUGCACGAGAGAGGGUCCUGGACACCUUCACAGCCACCUCAAUCAGUGACCAGUGUUUAAUCAUCGAAUCUGUCUCUAGUCGUCAAAUCUGUCUCCAGCCAUCGAAUCAGUGUUUUUUCGCUGCUUUUUCUAUUACGAUCCCCACUGGGCUGACACGGAGAAUAUAUCGAGGAAAUCACACGUUAGGAUUUGUGCAGAUAGACUGGUGAGCGGAAUGUGAAUUGGUGAGCAAGAAGAAAAAACUGCGGGACCGCGCCCGUGCAAUCCCCCACCCACGGGUCGGGACCAGCUAACAACCAUUCAGAUAACAGAUGUGUCGUCACGUGCCGUGAGUGCUACUCAAGAUGAUAAAGAAGCGAUGGAAGCGUGUGGUCCUCACACUGGGUCUGAUGCUCGCCACCGCGCACCUGUAUUUAACACUCUUUGCAGUUCAGAAAAACACCUACGUACACGGCGGAAGGCGCCUGGACGCCUUCAACGUCAGAUCAACGGCGUCUGCGCACCUCUCCAACUUCUCCAAGAUCACUCCAAAGAUCAACAGAGGAGUUCCCAUGGGAACGAACAGUAUAUUCUACGAAGUGAAUCGAGAACGUACAAGUCGACGAAAUCCGUCUACCUCUGUUACACCGGCGACUGUGAGGGAGCGUGAAGACAAUGGGACCCUGUUUUACGGUCGGGGCGGGGGUGAGGUUCCGCCUGAUAGAUCUAAUUCUACACAGAUCCUCAUCGUAGCUUACAUCAGGAGCGGGUCAUCCCUGACAGGCGAUAUUCUGCAGCAGGACCCAGACUCGUUCUAUGUGUACGAACCGCUCCACUUCACUGAGAAAAAUGGAGCCAAGAUUCACAGGGUCCAACUUCUUAACGGAGAAGUUGUUGACAUUGGGAGGAAACACUUCUUUGACCGUGCCUUCACCGUAAUUAACUCAUACUUUGACUGUGAUUUCGCUCGCCUGGACUUCGGGACACUUGUGCAUGGAUUCCAGACUUUUGGAAACAAAACUAAUAAAUUUAUAAAGUGCUAUGUGAACAAAACUGGCCAAAAAAUUCAAAAAAAGUUAGCCGCCCAAAUCUGUGGGGUUCAGCUGCAGGAUUCAUGUCAAAGGUCAAAGUUCAGGACGAUCAAAACGAUACGGAUACCUAUGAUGCACGUGGAGACUCUCCUCCAGAGGUACCCCAACCUGAAGGUCAUUCAUUUAGUGCGGGACCCACGAGCUCAGGUCAACUCAAUAGACCUAUUAGCAAAAACAACAAAAUACAACAAAGGAUUUGCCAGGCAGAAGUGUACCGCCAUGAACAAGGAUUUCUAUUUUUCAGAGCAAUACCGGAGCCGGUAUCCGGGCCGUAUCAUGCGACUUUACUACGAGGACCUCGCUUCGAACCCAAUAAAAACUUCUCGUUCUCUUUAUGACUUUACGGGCAUGAACUUUUCUUCCACUGUCCGUGACUACAUCAGCGGGAUCACCAGCACGGGGCGGGAUGGGUGCGCCAUCUGUAGCAGGCGCGCCAACUCAUCCGAGCACGUGGAAAAAUGGCGCCUAAAUUUGAAAUACUCGGAAGUGAAACUUAUUGACAAACAGUGCCAGGAAACCUAUGAACAUUACGGGUUUCUCCCAGCACGGUCCAAGGCUGAGCUAAGAGACCUUACAAUACCCCUCCGGCUCCCCCGUAGUGAAAUGGAAGCGUCCUAGUGAUCACACCUGUCAUAAAUAUUACCUUAUUUGAUCUCAGACCCCGUGUGAAUGAAUAACAUUUUGUGUUUUGUUUCAUGGCAUACAACUCAUGGAAACACAUUUACGAGAUAUUUAAGAUAAUAUGAUUCGUCGAGGCUUCAUCUGGUACUAAUGUACAAUUAAUUCCAUUGAAUCAUCAUUCAAGUAUUCAUACAAAAGAUAUAAAAAUGAAAGUGACGAUGUUUAUGGGAACUAAAAUUAAUGUAUCAACCAAGGCCUGUCAGAAAUCUGAUAUUGACAAUGUUCCCGGUUUAUUGUUUACGGUUAAGUUAUAAUUGUGUAUCUUGACUUAAGGGAUUUACAAUGCUUUAUUUAAUAAAUCAUCCUCAAAUUAAGGGGGAACAAAACGUU